AUGGUUCUAUAUUUAAAAAAUGGACGAUUGUCAGCUUCGGGUUGCUACAAUGCUGGAUCGAAUUACAAUGGUCAACAAAUGGCAGUCUGGUCAGGAUCUUACGAUGGAGCGGAACUAGAAUGGACUGAACUGUUUGAUGAUACGGGUUAUGCGUUUCAUUAUCAUGGAUUUAUUGAACAAAACAAAUUAUGGGAUUUUGACGAACGUGUUAAACGUAGAAAUUUCCAAACAGCAUCAGAAACAGAUUCAAUUCUUGCACAAAUUAUAGAAGAAACUCAACAAAGUCAACAAGAAUUACUAAUUUCUGUCAAAGAAUAUCGAAGUUUAUUAGAAGAACUUAUUGAACAGCUAGCUUUUAUACAAGAACAACUUCAACAAUAA